AUGCUACUUAAUGAAUCCAGUUCCAUUAUUCAGGUUCCAAACCACCACCACCACCAGGAGACAAUCGCCGGUCACCACCCCCGCCUCCUCCGCACCAGAUUCACCAAUAACUUCCCUGCCUCCUCCUCCAUGUUGUCUGAAUCCACCGUCCCCCGUCCUGUUCUUGUCUUCGCUGCCAUUUCCGUCUCCUGUUUGCUCCUCUACGGUGCCGCCGAUUCUCUCCGCUUCCUCUCCUCCUCCUCCUCGUCCUCUGGUUACUCCUUUAAGUUCCCUUCUCGCCUCGACAGCGUCAACAGCAGCAGCAACAACAACAACAACAGCGAUUCUAAAUUACCUAUUAAUGAUGAUGAUUAUAAGCUGGAGAAAGUACUGAAAGAAGCUGCAAUGGAAGAUAAGACAGUAAUAAUUGCUACAUUAAAUGAAGCAUGGGCAGCUCCAAAUACAAUUAUUGAUUUAUUCCUUGAAAGCUUUAGAAAUGGGCAGGGAACGCGUAGGCUUUUGAAUCAUUUGGUGAUUGUUGCGUUGGAUCAAAAGGCGUUUAAGCGAUGUUUGGAACUACACAAGCAUUGCUUUGCUCUUGUUACUCAAGGACUUGAUUUUCAUGAUGAGGCUUAUUUUAUGACCCAUGCGUAUUUGGAGAUGAUGUGGAGACGCAUUGAUUUCUUGCGUACUGUUCUUGAGAUGGGGUAUAACUUUGUUUUCACGGAUGCUGAUGUCAUGUGGUUCAGGGACCCAUUUCCACGGUUUUAUUUGGAUGCUGAUUUCCAGAUUGCAUGUGAUCAUUUCUCAGGCAACUCUACUGACUUACAAAACAGACCCAAUGGAGGAUUUAACUAUGUAAAGUCCAACAACCGCUCAAUAGAAUUUUACAAGUUCUGGUAUUCUUCACGGGAGACCUAUCCUGAAUACCAUGAUCAGGAUGUCCUUAAUUUUAUCAAAUUUGAUCCUUUCAUUGAGGGCCUUGGAUUAAAGAUGAGAUUCUUGGACACUGCUUUCUUUGGGGGACUUUGUGAACCUAGCAAGGAUUUGAAUUUAGUUUGUACAAUGCAUGCAAAUUGCUGUUAUGGUUUGGAUAACAAGCUUCAUGAUCUUAGAAUUAUGCUUCAGGAUUGGAAAAGUUUUUUAUCUUUGCCACCAACCUUGAAAAGAUCACCAUCUGUGUUUUGGAGGGUCCCGCAGAACUGCAGGUGA